AGGGAACACAAGUUGUUGAAGGCAUAUUCCUUAGUUUGCCUAAAAAUGAAGAACUAUGCAUGAAUGAGGAGAAAAAGAUGUUAGAAAUGAGAAAGCUACGACUAUUGAAGAUUUAUAAUGUGCUUGACUUUUCUGAAUGUGGAUACCUUUCAAAUGAGUUACGUGUUUUGGAAUGGCAUCAAUAUCCUCUCAUCUAUAUGCCAUCAAGUUUUCAACCAAAAAAUCUUGUUGAACUCAACAUGUCCAACAGCCGUAUUGAACGGCUGUGGGAUCAGGAAACUACGCUUUCUUUGGAGAAGUUGAUAUUACUCGAUCUAAGCAAUUGCGAGUACUUGGUUGAAGCCCCUGACUUCAGCAGAGUCCCCAGUCUUGAGAGGUUGAUUCUUGAAGGUUGUAAAAGGAUAUCUAAAAUUCAUCCAACAUUCAAAGAGCUCAGUGGACUCAAGUUGUUGAACUUGAAAGGUUGUGAAUCUCUUGAAAGUUUUCCCCAAGGCAUCUGCUUCAAAUUCCUUGAGAUUUUUAUUCUUUCAGGAUGUAAAAAACUUGAUAGAUUUCCAGAAAUUGUAGGAGAUAUGAAUUGUUUGAUACAACUUUUUUUGGAUGGGACUGCUAUAAAGGAGCUGCCAACAUCAGUAGAGCGCUUAAGCAACCUUAAGUUGUUGGAUCUUAGAGAAUGCAAGAACCUUUUGAGUCUUCCAGAUUUGGUUUGCAGUUUGACAUCUUUGGAAGGACUUAGCAUUGGAGGUUGCUCAAUGAUCAACCAACUGCCAGUAAACAUUGGGAGCUUGGAAAAAUUGGAGCAACUUCAUGCAUGUAGAACUGCCAUAAGGAAAGCACCUUCCUCCAUUGUACUUCUGAAGAACCUUCAAAGACUAUGUUUCUCCCAAUGUGGGGGUGUGGCAGACGGAUCCUCAUCUCAAUGUUCAUCAGAAUCCAAUAUCAGUUUCAAGUUGCCUAAGUCAUUCUCUGGUUUAAGCUCUUUGACAUAUUUAGAUCUAACUGAAUGCAAUCUUGAACAAGGAGAAAUCCCUAAGGACAUUGGUUGUUUGUCAUUACUCGAGAGUUUAAAAUUGGGUGGAAACAAUUUCACGAACUUACCAGAUAGCAUCUCUCAGCUUUCUAAGCUUAGAUAUCUCAAUGUGAAUAACUGUAGCAAGCUUCAAUCAUUGACAAACCUUCCAUUAAACGUAAAAGAAGUGAGGGCAAGUGAUUGUCCAAUGCUGAAUGAUCAAAUGAUAAUAUGGCCUUCUGACAAGGGAUUCAGUUUCAUAGAUUGUCGUAAAUCAGUCCAGGCCGAAAGAAGUAUUGCACACCACCCUCUUCCAAUGCCCGAAGAACAUAUCCCCACACUCUUUCCUAAAUUCAUUCAGGAUCGAAUUUAUCACGGAGGACGCUUCCAAAUUCGUUUUCGUUAUGCAAGAAUUCCAGACUGGUGCAGCCGCUGGAAUAAAGGGUCUUCUUUAAGAAUCAGACUACCUGACAAAAAUAGUAGUCAAACAUGGAUUGGAUUUGCCCUGUUUGUUGUUUUCCUAAUCAAGAAACAAGAAAACUUUCAUAUUGGUCGGUACAAUACUUUUUGUGAGUUUUACACUGAUGAAGGUUGUCUUGAAAAUCCGUGUGAGCUAGAAAGCUUUGAUGGCUUCCUGGUUGGGUCUUAUGGACUUUGUGUCUAUGUACCAAAGGCAAGGUUUGCAAAUCAGUUGGACAAAGCAAGUCAUAUCAAAGCUUCAAUUUCAACAAACAGACCCGAUUUGGAGGUGCUGAAGUUUGGGCUGCAUGUAAUAUAUGACAAAGAUGUGCCAAAGUUUACUCAAGAUUUAGUUGAUACAUCUAAUGAACACCUAAAUAUGAACUCUAUUAAGCAUUAUAUGCAUAUACUAGAAAAAGCAACUGAAUUGGAAAGAUCCGGUGAUGUCCUUGAUCUUCGAUCCGAUCCAAGUCCAAGAAAUCAAGUUUUCGGAACCUUGCAUCCUACUAGCCAAUUGAGAAUAGUUCUACAAAACUUACUUUCAAGAAUAUUCUUUGAGGGAUCCUUGUAUACACGUAACGUGCCUAUCCCAUUCAGUUUUCCUUCAACAGGAUUUGCCUCUGGUUGGUUUUUCCAUCAAAGUGUGGGGCGCAACGUAGUUUGCUAUCUUCCUGCAAACAUAGUUGAUGACAAGUCAUGGAUAGGAUUCAGUCUAUAUGCUACACUCAAAAUGAGUCCUUCUGAUUUUCUCAAGAAUUAUUCAGAUUCAAAAACUGCUCGGCCUUUGCUUCACAUCGACUUGCAUUCUCAUGGAAGCAGUAUUUCACAUAUAACAACGCUUGAUGGUCUCCCCAUUAUGCCUUAUUCACAUCAACUUCUUCUAUUUCAUGUACCGCGAGUGUUUUUCAAACAAGAGUUGAAUCAAAGUUGGGGAGUAAGCGCCUUGUUUAGGACCAGCAUCCCAAAUGUCGAAGUCGAAAGGUGUGGGAUUCGAGCAGUAUAUGAGAAAGAUUUGGGAAAUGUAAUUGAACUGAUAACCGAGUGUCGGUUAAACUCUCUAGUUGAUGAACAAGUUGAUGAACAAUCAUGUUACCAAGCAUAUGAAAUGCUGGUGGAAAAUAUCAUUGAUACGUUUCAGUUUGUAGAGCUUGAAACAAGGAGACAAGAAAUGCCUGUCCAUUCUAGUUAUUCGUCUCAAAGGAAGGACGAAUCCUUGCAGACGAACAUGUUUGUGUUAAUUACUCAAGAUGUAGACAAAGAGAUUUCAACUGCAUAUAAUAAACUUACUAUUCCACUUGAUCCAAUUGUUUUCCACUCCAAACAAGACUUUAUGGAAUCUUCUUACAAACUGUUUGAAGAAAGUAGUUCAAGAGAUUCAAAGCUUGGUUUAAUUCAUUUACAGAUAAUGGUGGAGACUCCACUCUUUGAAAAUGAUUUGACAAGAUGGAAAAGUAAUCUUGAUUAUUUCCUUAAACGCCACUUCUGCCUUCACAUCUUCAUUACUCUCAGCCUCAAAGGACGUAUCAUUUCUCUUUUGAAGCCUUUCGAUCCUUUCUCGCCAUACAAUUUAUGCUUUCCUCGAAAGGAAAUUCUGGAGUGGUUUGGAGAUUAUCAAGUUAAUGAGCGAAGAAUGGGAAUCGGAUUACCUCCAAAUCUGAAAACUGAUAAAGAUUGGAGAGGGAUUGCUGUAUGUGUUGCUUUUUCAGUUCAGGAGCAUCCAAAUGCCAUCCUUGACAACGACAAUUCACAAGUCUCAUUCAGACUUCUCUGUCAUAUGAAUACCGAUGAAGGAUGUUGUUUGAAUCCUGUCCCCAUGUUUCGAAUAACUAAAGACAAAUUCAAGUGGUCAUGUGUACGUGGAUUCAUUUGGCUAACCUAUAUACCAAGUUCUUUGCUGCUUGCAGAGUUGCAUGGGCAAAGCUACAUAGUCAUAGAUAUCUAUAAUGAGUGCCCUGGCUUGUUUACACAGAAUCUUGGCGUCCGACUCUUGUUCGAACAGGAUGUGGAAGAAUUCAGACAAUCAAUAACCAAAUGCAUUACAGGGUUCUUUGACAAUUUGGAUCCCGUCUGUCAAUUUAUGGCCAGUGAAAGUGAUCCAAAAAACUUUGGAAAAACUGCCAUGGGGUUUGAUCAAGACAUGAUAUACAACUCAUGCUUCCCUCCUAUUGAGAUUCCAGAGUGGUUCAGCAAUCAUUAUAGUAGUAGCCAUUCAGUGAUAACCGAGAUACCGACAGAUCUAUAUAGUGAUGAUAAUUGCCUAGGAGUGGCUCUCUGUGCAUAUUUUUCAUCAGGUGGCAAGCAACCAAGUACCCACGUUGAUGACUUUGAUCCAGAAAUGCCUCAUAACCUUAUUUGUAACUUUGAUCUCAAUUUUACGCAUCAUUUUCAAAUAACCGUUGAAGAAUUGGAAAAGAUACAUAUUGGAAAUCAGUUUGUAUGGCUGUCCUAUAUACCUCGUCACUGGUUUUCAGAUCAGCUGAAGCACUGCAGUUUCAUCGAGGCUUCGUUUGCAAGCGAUAGACAAGGAUUUUUGGCUCACAAGUGUGGUGUUCGUGUUCUAUACAAACAUGAUGAGAAAGAGCUUAAGGAGACAAUAAAUCACUGCAUGGCUAUAGGUUAUUCUAUACGCCAAAUGGAGCAACUAGCUGGCUUUCAGGCCGAUAAAGCUGAAAUUCCAACUCAUGCAGUUAAGAAAGAACCCAUUUGCCAAAUUAAAAGUGGACGGGACUUUGAUAGGGGCUUGAUAUAUAGCUCAUGUUUCCCUCUUACUGAAAUUGUGGACUGGUUCAAUCAUCACAUUAGUGGCCCUUCACUGGAAAUCCAACCACUUUCGAAUCUAUUUGGUGAUGAUAAUUGGACAGGAUUGGCACUCUGUGUACAUUUUUCGGACCCCGAGCAUCCAACUACCUUUCCUGAUAAAUUUGAUCCAGAUUUUUCUCACUACCUUGUUUGUCUCUUGGAAACAGAGCGAGUUACUUUGGGUCCUCUGCAUCAGCAUGAAAUAUCCAAUCAAGAAUUCAAGAAGUUAGGAAAUGGAGAAUUCAUAUGGCUGUCCUACAUACCACGUCUCUGGUUCUCAGAGCAGUUGGAGGGCUCCUUUGAUCUCAUUAAGGCUUCAUUUGCAAGCGAUAGAGGAGGCUGGCGUGCUGAGAAGUGUGGUCUUCGUCUUCUAUUCCGGCAUGAUGAGGAAGAGUUUAAGCAGACAAUAAACCACUGCAUGGCCUUGUUGAUUGAAAAUCAAGAUCCAAUAUCUCAAAAUAAAUUUGAUAAUGAAGAAAACAAGAAGCAAUGCCAUGAUGGUCAGGCAGGAACUAGCAAAUCUAGCCGCUUUGUUCCUGAUCCUCAACAAGAAAUACUGGAAGAACCAGGGGAUCUAAACCAGAAGAAUAGAGGUAAAAGAAUUGUUUAAUAACCUCUCUGCCCAAGAAGAUUGUUGUUUUGUGGACUAUUUCUACUCGAUGUUGGAGAGCUAAUAUAUAGCUACUUAUUCUCGAGCUCCACUCUAACUCUGUUCUCUGUUGCAUUUUGUGGUGUGUUUUGAAUAAGUAGGCAAAAGUGUCGCUGCUUAAUUGUGAGUAAGUGUAUUUCCGGUUGAUUGGGUUGACAACUAGAACUCUCCUUUGUAUGUUGAUUCCUUUGUCAUCAUCAUGAUUAGAUGAAAUGUUUCAACUCUUUCAUGGUUAAAUUUCAACCUUACAUAUCAAAGGCAUUAUCUUAUAAAUC